CUGACGUCUGUCAAAACAGACGACAGGAGGACGGCGUGAAGGGUGAGAAUGGAGAAAAACGACUUCGAUAUAACGUUUAAUCGAUAAUGUGUGAUACGUGUAUCGUGUGAGAACAGUGCUGUGGACAUGAGGACGAACGAGUUUGACUCCUCAUCUGAAGACGAGGAGGUUGGAGAGGAGCAGCGGACUCCUUUAAACAUCUCCUGGUUACCUCUGUCCAUCGUGGAGAGCUCACAGUUUCUUGGCAUUUGUGCUUUACCAGGUUGCAAAUACAAAGAUAUCCGGAGGAACCUGGAUAGAGAUGUUGAGGAGCUACAGAACCAGGGCGUGCAGGAGGUGUUUGUUUUCUGCACCAGAGGAGAACUUAAUAAGUACCGGGUCCCCACCCUGCUUGAAGCUUACCGUCAGCGAGACUUCACUGUUCACCACUGGCCCUUUCCAGACGGAGAUGCCCCUGAGCUGGAGCAGUGCUGCCAGAUCCUGGAGGAGCUGCAGGUCAGCCUGGAGACCAACCGGAGGACUGUGAUCCACUGUUACGGAGGCCUGGGACGCUCUGGAUUAAUCGCUGCCUGUCUGCUGCUCCAGCUCUCUGGAGCGAUGACGGCGAACAAAGCGAUAGAAAUCCUGCGGGAGCACCGAGGAGGAGGAGCCAUACAGACAGUGAAGCAAUACAACUUCCUCCAUGAGUUCCGGGAUCGCUACACGGCGUACCAGGAGAGCAGAGAGGUUUCCACAGAGCGCUCUGUGUCUCGGUGAUCGCUGUUUUCCUCUUCAUAUCAUGGACUGCAAAUGAUCCAUUUCUUCAGCAUGAUUCUUUUCUGACUGCGUGGGAUGAAAUUAUAUUCUCUUAUGAUUGCACUUUAACAGAUUAUGCUAAUAUAUUGCUUUUUUCCUUUUUUCAUUUUAAUCAAAUUAAAGAGGUGAUGAGGAAAUGCUGUGACGUUGUUUGUUUCUUUGCGAGUCCGUGGACAAAACAGAAAAAACAGACGUUUUUUCCAAAUAAAGGAGUUAGUUUUAUGAUUCAAAAAGAAAAAAAUGUUUUUUCUUUUUUCUAAUAAAUUUUGCAUGCCUCUGUUUAUUA